UGCUGCUCUUCAUCAGAGGACUUCGAUCUUGACCAGAACGCACACAGACAAGUUUAAUUUGGACUUUUUGGACGACAGGAACAACAAACCGGAGCUCAUCUGGAUCCAAAGCGUGUUGUUUGUCAGCGCUGCUGGUUUGUAGCAGAGAACAAACCGGACCAGUUGCGUGAAAACAACAAGAAAGAAAGAUUUAUUCGUUCACAACGGAAUACGGACCGUAUACCCACAUUCAACGGACUUCUGACUAUUUUAUUUAAAAAGGAGGACAAUACAAGAAAGCAGCGGAGAGGACAUGACACCCAACGCUGUCCUGUUCCUCAUUCUGUCUCUCACAAGCAGCAGAGCGGAGAAUGCAGAGGAGCGGCUGGUAAACUACCUGUUGGGUCCAGAGCGCUACAACAAGCUGAUCCGACCAGCUGUCAAUAAAAGCCAACAGGUCACCAUCUCUUUACAGGUGUCGCUGUCUCAGCUCAUCAGUAUUAAUGAAAGAGAACAGAUAAUGACCACCAAUGUGUGGCUGUUCCAGGAAUGGAAUGACUACAGGUUGAGAUGGGACCCAGAGAAAUAUGAAGGCAUCAAGAAACUACGAAUACCAUCCAAACUCAUCUGGCUUCCUGACAUAGUGCUUUAUAACAAUGCUGAUGGUGUGUAUGAGGUUUCCUUCUAUUGCAACGCUGUGGUCUCCAACACAGGGGACAUCUUUUGGCUCCCCCCUGCAAUCUACAAGUCCGCCUGCGCCAUCGAGGUGCAGAACUUUCCCUUUGACCAGCAGAACUGCACCCUCAAGUUCCGUUCCUGGACGUACGACCACACAGAGGUGGACCUCAUCCUCACCAGUGACUUUGCCAGCCGUGAUGACUUCACACCAAGCGGAGAGUGGGACAUUGUCUCGCUCCCAGCUCGCAAAAACGAGGACCCCAAUGACAUCACCUACCUCGAUAUCACCUAUGAUUUUGUCAUCCAAAGGAAGCCUCUGUUUUACACCAUCAACCUGAUCAUCCCAUGUGUGCUCAUCACGUCGCUGGCUAUCCUGGUGUUCUACUUGCCAUCCGACUGCAGAGAGAAGAUGACGCUGUGCAUCUCAGUGCUGCUGGCGCUCACUGUGUUCCUGCUGCUGAUAUCAAAGAUAGUGCCACCCACCUCUCUAGCAGUGCCACUCAUAGGUAAAUAUUUGAUGUUCACCAUGGUGUUGGUCACAUUCUCCAUCGUGAGCACCGUCUGCGUCCUCAACGUGCACCACCGCUCGCCAUCCACCCACUACAUGCCUGAUUGGGUCAAACGUCUCUUCUUGGUCCGCCUCCCAAUCUUCCUUUUCAUGAGGCGUCCAGGUUCUUCUCAUGUCCGUGAUAAACUCCGCCGAAAGUAUGCCAGCCGGAACACCAUCUGUAAAAACAGUUCAAAGAGCAGCUCAGGCAAGAGGCAGUACCCCAACAUCAGACUGGGUGGAAUCCGAACAGACACUCCCUCAUUUUAUAUCAACCAGGACUUGGGACACAAGUCUUCCUGGAAGGUGGGUGACAUCCCGGGUGGCAGCAGUGGGUUUUCAGACUUCAGGAGGCCUUUGGCUACUCAGUGGGAUGCAGAUCUAGAAGAGGCAGUGGAUGGAGUGAGAUACAUCGCUGAACACAUGAAGACGGAAGACGACGAUGAAGGGAUCAUUCAGGACUGGAAAUAUGUUGCCAUGGUAAUAGACCGUCUUUUCCUGUGGAUCUUUAUCCUGGUGUGUGUGGUGGGAACUCUGGGACUCUUCAUGCAGCCACUGUUCCAAAGCUAUAACACACCCAAUGCUGAUGAAACAGAAUAUGGAGAUUUCUAGUAUUUCGAUAACAUGAAAAUGGAAGCAAACCACCAGGCGCCUCUCUGUAGAAGCUUCGUGGAGCUACACGAUAUCUGGCAGUGAUCUGUGGCUGCUGGUUGUCUGCUGGUGUUGCAACAGAUCAAAUCUGAGAAGCCAGCUAUGGUUGUUGUGACAGUGGACUUAAAAUGAAGAUGGAAUCAGACCCCUUGCUUAAUGCACAGCCUCUAUGUUUGGCAGGCUUGUCUCCACCCUCAUCAGGAGGAACUCCUCUCCAAUCAGAGGCAUGGCAACCCUGAUACACUUUUUACCUCUCGACAGCUCAGUAACUCCUGUCAAGAUGACAGAUUUGCUUAAAAAGAGAAGAAAAAAAAAAGAAUGAAUAUGAGUCUUUGUGACACAUUGGACUGACUUCAUGGUUUAACAGACUCCAACAAUGGCACACUGAUUCUCUCCUCACUGCAGCUCUUGUGAGGUCAGCUCUUCUGCAGGAUUGUUGAUACGGAAAUUAUAUGAACAUAUCAACCAAUUGUUUAUGGAGAUAUGGCUUGGUGGAGCACAGUUUCUCUUCUCUACGCUCCUCAGUCUGAGCUUUGCUUCAACAAAUUGAGGACAUUUUGUCCUUUUUCCCUUCAUGAAAAUAUUAAUGCAGCAUCUUCGUUUCUCCGUAUUCAUUGUUCUGCUUCAGAGCUUUUUGCUUCAUUUCCACCAGCAGCAUUAUAAACGUCAUGCAUUGUCCCAUUUAAAAGAAUAUAUUUUCUGCCUUCACCCUCUGACAUUGUGUUUCUCUCUCUGCUCGGUUAGUCACUAUUUUUUUUGUCACAUCACAAGAUCUGUCAAAGAAGCUGAGAUGCUUAAAAAAAUUCUCUAAAAGCAAAGAAAGAAAAAAAUGGAUAUAAAGACAGUGAGACUCUCCGUGCAGUACAUGCACACAUUAAAGCAUCAUUACAGUUUUACUGUGUGUCAUGAACCGAAAGAGAUGUAUGAAAUCCACCUCUUUGUGUGACUCUUUGUCCAGCAGCUCAUUUCCAGCCCGCAGCUUUGACAACUGCCACCAUGUUUCACUUAAAACAGCAAUUUGACACUAACUGUAUUCUGAUACAACAUGCUA